CUGAUAUUAAAUCACAUAGUCGAUUGAAGCUUUCAUUCUGUUUUCACUUAGCACUAGCAUUAUGGCAGAUCAGUACCCAAAAGAGAUCAAAGAGAACCAUGCAGCAACGAAGGUGGAAGAAGAGCCUGCUACUGGCUGUGGAAUGUUUGAUUUCUUGAAGAAGGAAAAUGACAACCCCCAACCUGAAGAACAGAAGCACACCUUUGCUGAAAAGCUCCACCACCAUGAUGGUAGUGCCUCUAGCUCGUCUAGCAGUGAUGAAGAAGGCGGGGAGAAGAAAAAGAAGGGACUGAAGGGUAAGAUGAAGGAGAAGAUCACCCGCAAAAAGGAAGAGGAAGUUGCUUACCAUGCACCCAUUCCGGCUGCAAAGGGCAAUGAUAUCGAGAGUGGAGUUUCGAAUGGUGAGGAGAAGGGAUUCAUAGAGAAGAUCAAAGAAAAGCUUCCUGGACAGCACAAGGAAGCUGAAGUUGGUGCUCCUCCCGAGUAUCAUGCUCCACAUGAAGGUGAGCCAGAGGAGAAGAAAUGAAUCAUGGAGAAGAUUAAGGAGAAGCUCCCUGGUGGUAACAAGAAUGAAGAGGAGAAGCCCAAGGAGUACUAACUGGCAGGAGAUGGAUGGA